AUGUUCAAGCACGGCGGAGGCAUGAUCGAACAAGACGAGAAUAUCGAUGACAAACCCCGCGAAAAGUUCGUGCCUCAGCGCACCUUCGGAACGGCCGCAGAACGAGCGCGACGAAACCUAAAUGCGAAACUCUCGAAUCCGCUCGCGGGGUUCAGCCACUCUGAACUGCGCAAGCAAGGUCGCGCUUUUGCGAUGAUGCAUGAGAUGGGCGAUGAGUCGGAUAUUCGGGCUUUCGAACUCGGUGCUGUUCUUGCGCAAUCGCCAGAACGAUUCGAAAAUGUCGCUGGCCUGAUGCCUCAGGAGAAGGAGGUUCUGCGACAUGAGUUUGAGCAUCGCUGGUCCCAGCCGUGGAGCAUGUACGCCGUGAUUGCUCUGUGCUCGCUUUCGGCGGCUGUCCAGGGAAUGGAUGAAACGGUCGUCAACGGCGCUCAGAUCUGGUAUAAGCAUCAGUUCGGCAUUGCCGGCAAGGAGCCUCGAGAUACAUGGCUGGUCGGACUGAUCAACGCAGCCCCAUACCUCUGCUGCGCAUUCGUAGGUUGUUGGCUCACCGUUCCGUUUAAUCACUGGUUCGGUCGACGGGGUACAAUCUUCAUCACCUGCUGUUUCAGUGCCAUCGCCUGUCUCUGGCAAGGGUUCGUGAAUACUUGGUGGUCGAUGUUUGUCGCGCGAUUCGCACUGGGCUUCGGUAUUGGCCCCAAGUCUGCCACUGUCCCCAUAUAUGCAGCCGAGACUGCGCCGCCAGCUGUUCGUGGUGCAUUGGUGAUGCAAUGGCAGAUGUGGACGGCCUUCGGAAUUAUGCUCGGGUACGCUGCAGACUUGAUCUUCUACCAGGUUGGCGAUCCAGCAGGUAUCGUUGGCAUGAACUGGCGGCUCAUGAUGGCUUCAGCUAUGUUUCCCGCGGUCAUGGUCUGCUGCUUUGUCUUUGCUUGUCCUGAGUCGCCGCGCUGGUAUAUGAGCAAGAAGCAGUAUUAUCGUGCUUACCAGUCGAUUUGCACCUUGCGCCACCAUAAGAUCCAGGCGGCCCGCGAUAUGUACUACAUGCAUACUCUACUAGAGGCGGAGAAUAGUAUGAAACUUGGGCAAAAUAAGCUGCUGGAGCUCAUCACGGUUCCGCGGAAUCGCAGAGCUAUGUUGGCUUCGGAGAUUGUGAUGUUUAUGCAGCAGUUCUGCGGUGUCAAUGUUAUUGCCUACUACUCCUCGGAGAUCUUCUUGGAGGCAAACUUCUCCCCGGCCGCCGCCCUAGCAGCCUCCUUCGGCUGGGGCGUGAUAAACUGGAUUUUCGCCAUACCCGCAGUCUACGCAAUCGAUACAUUUGGCAGGAGAAACCUACUACUAACCACAUUCCCACUAAUGGCACUUGCGAUGUUCUUCACCGGAUUCAGCUUCUGGAUCCCAGAGGAAAACCACUCCGCGCGGACCGGAUGCAUCGCUCUCGGCACGUACAUCUUCGGAAUCGUUUACUCGCCCGGCGAGGGACCAGUUCCUUUUACCUACUCCGCUGAGGCAUAUCCUCUCUACGUCCGAUCCUAUGGAAUGGCACUGGCGACUGCUACGACCUGGUUCUUCAAUUUCGUGCUAGGCGUUACCUGGCCAUCCCUGCGAAAUGCGUUUACUCCACAGGGUGCUUUUGCGUGGUAUGCGGGCUGGUGUAUUGUCGGUUGGUGGUUGGUGUUGCUUUUCAUGCCCGAGACGAAAAACAAGACGCUCGAAGAGCUGGAUCAGGUCUUCAGUGUGCCGACUAGGUUUCAUGCGAAAUAUGGUCUCAGGCAGAUACCGUACUUUGUUAAGAGGUAUGCCCUGCGCAAAGAUGUGAGGCCAGAAAUUCUAUAUGAGAGGGAGGACACGGCGCCGACGCAGGAUCUUGGGUUUAAUGCUUGA